CGCAUGACAAAAAAGUAGUACCUCAAUGUCGCGGAUGGAUAUUUGAACCCCUUGGCACUGCAUAGCAGCAACUCAGACGUGGAGCGUAGUUUGAAUUUUUUGUAAUGGUUUGUUGACAACUUCAAUCCCUACUAUAAUUUUCCAAAUACACAUGUAUUUAACUUCAGUGUAACACAUAGCUUUUAUUUCCGCAUUUUACGAUAGGCAUUUUAAAGGUGGUGAGAUGGCCAGCACGGAGCCCAACGUUGACAUUGAUAAGGAGGAACCGAAGUGGAACGCCGAAGACUGUGAUGGCCCGGCUUUCGGUUCACCUCCCGCCCCCCUGUGCAAUAAGCCGUUGGACUUCUCCCAGGUCACCCCCUCUCAGCUGGGGAUCUCGACACAGAGCUUUGUCCCUUCGUCCCUGGGCAAAGAUAAGUCUCGUCUGACACAGCUGAAAGCGAGGCGGAGGUCCACGGUUGGAGCAAGGGGCUCUCCGGAAACCAACUCUCUGAUUCGAUACAUAGCCCAGCAGAGACAGAAAACUCCGCCCAGCACCCCACAGCCCGUGCAAGCCAGCCCCUUGCUCUCACGCGGGUUCUCCUCUCUGAAGCAGAAGAUGGCCUCCUUCCAGAACCUUCUGGAGGUGGAGGAGAAUCAGGGGCCAGCAGAAGAGAGAGAAGCUGAUGGGCGCACCUCUGUGGGUGGGAAGGAGAACAGGGGUCCUCAAGGAGGCCCACGCCCUGCGGCACCCCCCUCCUCCAAGAAGCGCCGAAUGAGUCCCUUCCGAGAGAUCGUCAUGGAGACCAGAGAGGCCACGCCCUCUGCGGACAUCCUCUCUCCUCUGUUCGCACCUGGCUGUCCUGAACAGGUGGAGGCCAGACAGGCGUGUUCUGUACAGGAGGAGCUGAGACAGGUGUGCUCUGAACAGACGGAGGAGCUGCAGGUGGAGCAGCUGCAGGUGGAGCUCAGACAGGUGUGCUCUGAACAGGUGGAGGAGCUGCAGGUGGAGCUGAGACAGGUGUGCUCUGAACAGGAGGAGGAGCUGCAGGUGGAGCUCAGACAGGUGUGCUCUGAACAGGUGGAGGAGCUGCAGGUGGAGCUGAGACAGGUGUGCUCUGAGGAGCCCAGGUACACUGAGCUGACCAGCUGUGAGAUGGAGGAGGCCGUGUGCUGCUCCCCACGUCAGUCACCCGUGCCGUGGAGCUGGGACCAUGACGACGCCCCCUUCACCUCGACGCACGGCCCUCCUACAGAGGCCAGGAGGACUCCGCUCACAGAACCUCUGAGCCCCUGCAUGCUGCUAAAUCUGGGCCCUGCGGACACGGGUUCGAAUGAGUCACCGUUUCCCCUAACUGCACACCCAACAGAGGAGGGGCCGGACUGCGCGGCGAACUCUGCGCGGCCCAAGAAGAAGCGGGUGCAUUUCGGGGUGCCCCUGUCCCCCGAGUUCUUCGACAAGAGGCUGCCCCCCAGCACGCCCCUGCAGAAGGGGGGCACGCCGGCCCACCCGUCGGCCUCCGGGGGGCGCUCCGGGCUCCGCUCGCUGCUCAAGACCCCCCAGAAGUCCGCCCUCUCCCUCCCCCAGCCCGACUUCGGCAGCCCCUCCCUCUCCGGGCCCUCGUCGCCGCCCCCGUCGGUUCGCCACGGUGAUGAGGAGGAGCAAGGGCAGCUCGCUGUUCCUGCUCCUGACUCUGUGGAGGAAGAGGAGGAGGAGGAAGAGGCCUUGGGUUCACGCGAGGACGCCGCCUGCAGCCCAGAUGUGGCCCCGGUCCGGCGCCAAGCUCGCUCACCCGACGCCACCCCCGUCCCGCCACCCACGCCCUCUGGAGAGGCGGAGACAGGAGAAGAGCUGAAGACGGAGCUCGCCCCCGCCCCCAGCCCCGCCCCCGGGCCGCCCGUCAGCGCAGCCCGCCCGGGUCGGCCUCGCGGCAGGAAGAGGAAGCAGGCGGAGGGAACGGACGCCGCGGCCGGGAGGAGGCCGAGCCGCAGCGCCGCCGUCGCCGCCUCCGGCAAGAUGAAGACGAAGGGCUCUGCAGGUAAGCGGGGCUGGGGCAGUAAGGCAGUGGACCGCUCUCUGUAUGGGAAGAGAGACUACGCCUCCAAGAACCCGGUGCUGAGCCCCAUCACUGAGAGCCUGCCCUGCGCCAGCCGCUCCCCCACCCCCCUGCGCCACGGAGCUGCAGAGCAGCUGCCAGAGGACUGCAGAGAGACUCGCAAUCCCAGCAUUCCCCUGGCGCAGACGGGCCCCAGCGGCCCCGUGGCUGGCCUGGUCACGGCCGCGGGCCUAUGGCGCAGCCGUUUCGGGGUCCCCGCCCGGGACCAAGCGCCAAACGAUCGCCCUGACGACCACGAGGCCACAAACGAUCGCCCUGACGACCACGAGGCCUCAGACGAUCGCCCUGACGACCACGAGGCCUCAAACGAUCGCCCUGGUGACCACGAGGCCUCAAACGAUCGCCCUGACGACCACAAGGCCGAAGAGGACGCUGGAUGCUCGGCGGACGACCCCUCAGACUGCGCAGCUGAAGCAGCGAGCACUGCGAGCGUGCUGUCACAGGAGCGGCGGGGGCGUCGGCUGGGCAGGCCCCGGGGGGGCAGGGGGGGUAGAGGGAAGGGCAGGAGGGAGCCCGCGCUCAGCGACCGAAACUGCGACGACCAAACCCUCCCCGCGGUGGAGCCGGAGCUGCCCGUCUGCAGUCCCGCCGGGCACGACCGUUUCCCGGGUGACCGUUUCCCGGGUGACCGUUUCCCGGGUGACCGUCAGGAGAGCGACAGCGGCGGUCUGAAGGUGGAGGAAGAGCGCCACGGCGACGGGCACGGAGCGGGCGACAGCGUCACCUCCGAGCCGGACGCUGGGGGCGGAGCUCCGGAGCCUGUCAGCGGAGGGGGUCGGAGGUCAAGCGGGAGCCGGCGCAGCGGGGCUAAGGGCAGGCCCAAGGGUCGCAGGAGCUCCCUCUACCGGCCCCCGCCCCUCACAGAGGAGGACGAGGAGGCGCAGAGCCCCCAGACGCUCCCCCUCCCAGGAGGGGAGCAAAGUGAGGGAGAGGGAGCGGUGAGAGGAGGCGAGGGCGGGGAGAUCUCCGACACAGCGACGGAGAGAAAGGGGGAGGAGGGGAGUGGGGAAACGGGCGGGGACGGAAUCGGGCCGCCCGCAGUCCCCCCCACAGACGGGGCGGAUGGGGCGGCAGUGGCCCCGCCCCCCUGGCAGCAGGCGGAGUUCUGCAUCGAGGACGUCCUGCAGGCCCCGCCCAGGGGGGGGCGGCGCUCCGUGAGGCGGAGCCUGAGGAACCAGAGCCUGCAGGACCCCUCGGCCACCGGGUUGGCCUGGGUGCCCAGCUCCUCCCCCACCGACCGCAGACCCGCGCGGAGGCGGACCCGGGGACGCCGUAGCUCCGCCCACGCCCCGCCCACUCUCCCCGAGGACGCCUCCCCCCCCGAGGCACGCUGUUAAAAACUAAAGCUACAGCGGCUCGUUUUUUUAAAAGACCACAGUUCUGCUCUCUGGUAAAUAAAUUUCAAACAAACAAAAAAAACCCCACUUGACUGUUGCAGUUUUUCAGCACGAGUGCCACGGCAACGGACGCUCUGUGGCGGGAGGGAGUUUGUCGCGCGGACUGUGAGUCAGAGCUGAAGUGAUGGAUAACAGUCUCUGGCAGAGUGUGCUUGUUUCGCGUCCAUGAAAUCGGAUCUGCGUGGGGAGGGGGGUUGUGGGGGGG